AUGGAGCUUCCGCAAGACAGGUCAGUCCUAGUGGCUGUCACUUGGGGACUGGCUAGAAAGCUACUUUUUCCCUCUUUCCCUCUUAACCUCAGUGCAGAAUUGAAGGAGGGAGGGAAAGCAGAGGAAAGAGUUGAGAAGAAACUACAUAUAUAUAUAUAUUUUAAGGAGAUUGGAUGGGCAGGUGGAGAGUGCCAAGGGGUGGAGAUGUUAGAUCGUGCAAGAUCAGAAUCAUGGAAUAAAGAAGCCUCUCUGUGCUGCCUGUUGUGUCCUAGGUUCUUGCCUGUGGCGAUCUGGGGACUGGGGAAAGAGGGUUCUUCCUCAUGGAUACCAUCUUGGAUUCUGUGCCCAUCCCACUGUCGCAUCCAUUUUAAGUAG